CCAAAGCUCAUAUAGACAAAUCUACACUUCACUUCUCUCUUCUUCUUACAGUCCCACCAUAGUCCAUACACCAGCCGUAGCCGCCCAUCUCUCUUAUUAGUGUCCUCAAUUCUCCCUUUUUAUCUCUUCUUCUUCUUUUUCUCCUCCAUUUCUAAGUGUUCCUUCUAUCUAUUUCUUUCACUUUCACUCCAUUAAAACCUUCUUAAAAAGAGCCUUUAUUUUAUACACCCUGAGCUCAUAACUUUCUUUCAUUUCUAAUCAUGGCUGUUUUAUUGUUCUUUACUCUUUUUCUAAGCUUAUCUGGCUAUUCAAGUGCAACAUACUGCAUAUGUAAAGAUGGAGCACAAGAUCCAACAGCAUAUCAAAGGGUGAUAGAUUAUGCAUGUGGAGCAGGAGCAGAUUGUAGAGCAGUGCAGCAAAAUGGUCCUUGUUAUGUGGCCAACAAUCCUAAGGCUGUGUGUGAUUAUGCUGUUAAUAGCUAUUUCCAGAACAAGGGUCAAACUCCUGAAGCCUGUGUUUUCUCUGGUGCUGCUACUGCUACUAACAACCUCCCUUCUACUGUGCCUUCUGGAUGCACCUUUCCCACUAGUGGAAGCCCAACUGGUACUGGUACUGGUACUGGAGGCAUCCCAAGCUCAACUCCAGGAGGCAUGAUCACUGGUACACCCGGAACAAGUACCCCUGGAUCGAGUAGCACUGGCGUAUUUAGCCCUAUUGGACUAGGUCCCACCGGCAGCUAUACUGACAUGAACCCAAAUGGUAGUCCAUCUACAUUCCAACAGUUCCAAGGCACCCUCCUCUUGCUUACACUUACCCUAGUUCCAAUCUUGUGGGCUUAGACGAGGAGAGGGUAAUCGAAAUCGCGGUGGGUUUAGAUUAAUGGAUGAGAUUUUGUUGCAACGGUAAGUCUUAAGUAGGGAAUCAUCCAAAAAGGGAUAAAACCCCUAAUUCACUAGGGUCUUUCAUCCUCGUUUUUUUAUUAUGAAAAAAUAUUCCUUUUUUUAGGGGAUUUGGUGGCUUCUUUAUGGUGUGAAAAAGUAACGGUUCAGUGGGCAUUGAUUCUGUUAUGAGUGGUGUUUGUAAGGAGGGAGGGUUUGAUAUUCGGGAUGAACGAACAUCCUCAUUUUCCUAGAUGCUUUACUUUUUGCACUCGACUAAUCGGUAUUAGUUUUCAAUAUGUACAUCUAUGCUUAUUGCUUAGCUAGCCUAGAGAUUUUAGAUGUAGUAGUAAGUAGUAACACUUGUUUAAUAUUAUUAUGAUCUAAUGAGAAAACUCCCCUCAAAAAAAAAAAUCUAAUGAGAAAACUCAUAUUCCAUCUA